AUGAAUGUAAAUACAGGACUUUUUCCUCCAUAUGGUUGUCGUCGUAAAAAUUCAACAGCAGCUUAUCAUUUACCAUUAAAUAAUCAGCAACAUCAUCAUGUAUCUGCAUUACAAAGUGCACGUUCAUCAAUUGAAAGUACAAAUGGUAUUAAUGAAUCAUUUUUACCAUUAAUAUCAACUGGUAAUGGUAAUAGUGAUAGUCAUAAACCUUAUCGUCGAAAUGAUUUUGCUAAUAAUCAUUUAUUUAUUGCUAAACGUAAAUUAGCUCGAGUUUUUCUUGGACAACCAUCAAGAAGUUUACAAGCAACAAGUGAUCUUAUUCAUUUAUUUGAUCAACAAAAACCAAAACGAAAAAAUCGAAAUGUAAAUGAUCAACAACGACAGGAAGAUAAAACUUCAUCAAUUGAACACAAUUCUCAUUUAUCUGUUGUUGAUCUUGUUAUGAGACCUCCAUAUCCAGUAACACAAACUCGUGAUCCAUUAUCAGCAAUAGUACGUAAUCGUCGUUCUCAAACAAUUAAUUGUUCUGCUAAAAUUCGUCACUCAUCAACUGAUGCAAUGAGUUUAUCAGCUAAACCAAAUCUUCUAUCAACAACACUUCAUGCAUGUACAGAUGAUAAUGAAUUUGAUGAACUAAUCGAUAAUGAUAAUGUAUCGGAUACUAUAAGCACAGCAAUCGGUCCAUUUGAUUCAACACUACUAUGUGUUAAAUCGAUUAUUCCUUCAGCUGGACCACAACAUACAAAUCAUCAUUUGUUACAACAUCUAAUUGAUGUUUAUCAAGAAUGGGCUGGUUCAACCAUUGUAUUAGAAGAUAUUUUUCUUAAACUUAAACGUAAUUUAAUACAAACAGAAUAUUUAACAUUCUAUUCAGCGAAUUGUGAAAAUAUUGAAUCACUUAAACGUUAUCGUGGUUAUUGUGAACCAUUAUUACUUUUUUUUGGAAGCAAUGUUUUAGUACAUAUACAAUAUCAUAUGAAUGCACCGCAAAUAGAAAAAUCUAUUGAAGAACAACUCAAUAAAGAAUUACAAGUAAUUAAAGAAAAUCGUAAACGAGAACCUAUUGAUGAUUCAUUUCUAACGAAAUAUUCAGAAAAUAGUGGUACUCAACAAUUGAAUGGCAUUGUUAAUAGAGAAUCGUUUUCAAUGGAACCUAUAUUAUAUAAAAGUGAAUCAUUAAGUUUACGAAGUUUAUUAAUGAAAACAGCGGAAAAAAUCGAUCAAGAUUAUUGGCUUAGUCAAGAACCAUAUAAAUUAGAUGUUGCACUUUUUGUUAUUAAACCUGAUCUUGUUGCUAAUGGAAAAAAAGAUGAAAUUUUAGAUCAUUUACGUAAUAAAGGAUUUAUUAUUCAUACACAUGCUGAUAAGUUAUUAAAUGAUGAAGAUAUGAUAAAAAUUUUUAAACCAGAUUCGAAUAUUCUUAAUGAAUUUAUACGAUUUAUGUAUAGUGGUCCAAGUACGUAUGCAGUAGUAUCAAAAGGUCAUACAGGACGAUCAACAUCGGAUGAUCUUCAUCAUAUAGUUGGUUUAAAUAAUCCAGAUUUAGCUAAAGAACAUAAUCCUGAAUGUUUAACUGCAAUUUAUGGAACCGAUACUAUUUUAAAUGGAUUUUAUUCAAGUCAUUCAAAUAAUGAAGCUCUAAAGGAAAUUCAAAUUAUUUUUCCCGAAUAUCAUCAACCUUUAGUUAAAGGAAAAUCUAUUGAUGAAUAUGUUCAUAAAACAGCAACUUUGUGUCUUCUUGGGCCGGCACAGGUACGAUCCAAAAAAGAAGCUAUUAUUCAAGCAAUAAUACAACAUGGAUUUGAAGUACGUUACGAAAAAACGUAUACAUUUCGACCGGAUGAAGUUGAAUCAUUAUAUAUUAAACAUCGUAACGAUGAUUUUUUCAAAGCAUUAGUUGAAGCUUAUACAGAUGGUCCUUGUUUGCUACUUUACGUAGCCAAAGAAAAUUGCGUAGCCGAUUUUUGUAAACUUCUCGGUCCAUUUUCACGUGAAGAAUUUAGUAAAAUGCCUGGAACACUUCGACAUGAUUUUGACGAAAUAACAAUUCCUGUGACGACAAUUCAUGGUUCUGAAAGUAUUAUUGAUGCACGAAAAGAACUGGAACAGUUUUUUCCAUAUCAACAAACACUCACUAUUAUUAAACCAGGAUUAACUCUAAAUCAAAAAAAUGAUAUUAUUAAACGAUUAAAUUUAAAUGGUUUUACAAUUAUGAUUAAAGAAACAAGACAUUUAACAAAAGAUAUUCUUACUCAGUUCUAUGCUCGACAUCAAGGCUUACCUUGGUUUAGUGAUUUUAUUCAAUUUAUGUGCAGUGAUGCUUGUGAAAUAAUCAUUCUUGCACGAGAAGAUGCUGUUCAAGCUUUGCGUGAAAUAAUGGGUCCUGUUGAUCCUGUACGUGCAAAAACCGAUGCACCAGAAUCAAUUCGAGCAAUUUAUGGUUUGGAUAUAAUGCGUAAUGGUUUACAUGCAUCAUCAAAUAAUAAACAUGCACGUGAAGAAAUUCGAUUACUUGUUCCUGAUUAUGAAUUUAUUAAGAGUAGACCAAUACCAUUUCAUUCGAAUGUUUUACGAACUGAUUCGAUUAUUUCGAAUGAUUUACCAAUUCAUGAUGAAAAUGAUUUGUAUCAUCUUGAAUCACAUGAAAUCAUCUAUGAAUUAGCUGUACAUACACAUACAAAUGAUAAUGAAAAUGAAGAAUCAGCAGUUUUUCUUACAUUAGUUGGUAAAAAAAAUGAAACAAAAAAAUUUCUUCUUCAAUAUGCUGAUAAUACUAUUCAUCCUCUACAAACGAAUCAAAUUGAUUUAUUUCAUUUUAUUGAUCAAGAUAUUGGUGUUCCAAAAAUGAUUAAAGUUUCACAUGAUGGACGAGGUUUUCCUGACAAUUGGUCUUUAGCAAAUAUUGAAGUUACAAUUCCAUAUCGAAAUAAGAUAUUUAAAUUUGAUAUCAAUGAAUUAAUCAAUGAAGAAAAAGCUAAAAUCGGUUAUCCAGUGACUGAUAUUAAAGAUGUCGAAGCUACGACUAACGGUAAUUGUGCUAUUAUUAUACAAACAGGCAGUGCUAAAUAUGCAGGUACAUUAGCUGAUUGCAGUAUUCUUUUAUCGGGUUCACAAGGUGUUUAUGCAUUUCAACUUCGUAGAUCAUUAACAAAUCCAAUACCAUUUCAAAAUCGAUAUCGUGAUAUAUUUCUUGUUAAAGUUGAUGAACAACUUAAUGAUAUUGAGUAUGUUGUACUUGAACAUAAUAAUGAAAAUUCUUCACCGGCUUGGUUUGUUGAUUUUGUUAUUAUUAAACUUUUAUUGAAUAAACAAGAAUAUUUUUUUUCUGUUCAUCGAUGGCUUUCAAUAGAUUAUUUUGAUGGCAAAACUAAAAUAACACUUUCAUCAAAUACACAAAAAAUACCAUCAAAUGAAAUUAUUCGAUAUGAAAUUUAUAUUGUAACGGGUUCAAUGUUUGAUGCAGCAACAUGUUCACCUGUAUGGAUAACAAUCAAUGGAACACGAAGUUCAAUUGUUAACAAAUAUCUUGAAAUUGCUGAAAAUGAAUCAUUUCCAUUUGAACCUAAUAAUCAAGAUCUAUUCGUUUUGUAUGAUAUAGAUAUUGGUGAAAUUGAUAAAUUGAUUUUAGGUCAUGAAAAUAUAAAUGCUGAACAAGGUUGGUUUGUCCAAUCAAUAUCAAUUCAUAUUCCAUCGAAACAAUAUCAGAGUGAAAUAUAUAAGAUUAAUAAAUGGUUAAAUUCAAAACGAAUAGAUGGUGUACCACUUGUUGAAAUUCAAAUACGAAAACCUAUUAAAUUGAAUCGAAACAUAAAAAAUCAACAUACAGCUAUACCACAACUGAUAUCAAAUGCAAUGAUAGUUUCAACUCAUGAAUAUGGUUCACCUGAUCAAAUAACACGUUGGUUACCACGAUUUAUUCUUAUUAUAAUUGAUGAUACACAAAAAAUAUUUCAAUUUAAAAAUUCAAAAUGGUUUUCUUGUUCGAACAGAGAUAAUUCCGAAACAAUAAUUAUUCAAUUAGAUUCCACUCGAACUGAAUUAUUAAAUAAAAACUCUAACGAUUCUUAUCAAUCAUCAUUCGAAGACCUUCAAAAUAUUAAUUUAAAAGUAUCAAAUAUGAGCAUUCAACAAAUUGAAAAUCAAUUAGAUACAAUCAAAAAAUUUUACACGAAUGAAACAGGAAAACUUGUUAUUGAUAAACGAGAUUUAGAAGAAUAUAAUGAAUAA